AGAAAAUGGCUGCGCCCUGCAGAAGGAUGGCGAGUCGGCCUCUCUUCCAGUUUCUGACUUGUUUUAGCAGGACAGCAGUCGGGAACACGGGGUUCCGUCAGUUUUCUACUGCUUCUGUUUGUCGAGCGACUUUGCAGGUCAAGAAUGUGACGGAAAGAGCGAGUUCUCCGUGGACUCUGAUGGCCGCGGUGUGUCUGCAGAGGCUGCCGGUGAUUACAGCGGACGGCAGUCCGAUUGAGCAGGAGUUCAAAAACAUGCUGCUCCAGAUGGAGAUGGAGAAAAGCGUGAUGUCGGACCACGAGCUGCGGCUGCUGGAUGACGCAGAGAGAUUGAGGCGGAAGCAGUCAGCGGACUAUGAUUCAGACGAAGAGGAGGACCACGGCAAGCAGGACAUCCUGUUGGGUCAGGACUUGGAAGAUGCUUGGGAGCAGAAGCUGCACCGCUUCCAACCAGCGCCAAGGGCCAGAGCCGACGUAGAUGAGGACUUGACCUCAGCACAGCGCUGCCUGGCCGACUUGCUGGUUCUCUUGGCUGAGCAGCAGGUGGGUGACGAGAAGCUGUGGCUGCUGCCUCAGACUCAGUGGCAGGAGGGAGAAACCCUGCGUCAGACGGCUGAGAGAGCCCUCGCCUCCCUGCCAGCUGGUUUCAAGGCGACUUUCCUCGGCAACGCCCCCUGCGGAGUGUACAAGUACAAACUGCCCAAAGCUGUUCGGACGGAGAGCUCAGUCGGGACAAAGGUGUUCUUCUUCAAAGCCAUUCUGUCAGACAGUGCUCCCCCUAAAGCCCCAAACGCUCCUUUGCUGUGGGUGAAGAAGAGCGAGCUGCAGCAGUACCUGAAGCCAGCGUACAUGAUGAAGGUCGACCGUUUCAUCCUCGCUGUGUGACACCUAAACUCACGCCAGGGACACGGACUUCCAGAGCAAUAUUUAUGAGGGCCAGAAAGUUUGUCGCUUAUCUGUCAUGUUCAUUAAAAUGUCCUUUCAUUCAUUAAGAUAUGUAAUGUUUCAUGAUAUAAAUAAACUGUUUUUUUUUCAUUCA